AUGGCAGUCUCCGUGCUCAAACGUCUUUUAACUUAUGGCGAUAAUAUCUUUGAAUUCAAUAUUAAAUAUCUAAUGUUAGUGGGAUUUUGGCAUAAUGAAAAUUGGACUCGGAAUCAAAAACUUCUUUACAAAAUCUAUGAUCUAACGAUGCACGUUUUUGGUAUAACAUAUAUUUCAUUGUCAGCUGUUGGUAUUUAUCGAAGCAGGCAUGAUUUAACGGUCGCCCUUGCAGGAGUAGAUAAAGCCCUCGUGGCUUAUAAUUUCAUGUUUAAAAUUAUCGUAUUUCACUUCAGGAAGGACCAAUUGAAGAAACUUGUUAAAGAAAUGAUCGCAUCUGGCGAUGUGGUGCCAGAAAACCACAAAAUUUUAAUGGCAAAACUGAGCGUGGCGACAACAAUUACUUCUACUAUAAUCGUCGUUAUUUUCACAGGUUCAUCUAUGAUGGUUGGAGAUUUGCCUGCUAGGGUCUGGUUGCCUUUCGACAUUUCAAAAAGUUUCAUGCACCUUUUGGCAGGCGUUCAAUUUUGCUUAGUAAUUUUCGCAAUCCCAGUCUGUUACAGAGGUCUCGCUUUGCAAUGUUUUGUUAGUACUUUAAUCUUUUAUUUAAGAGACCAACUUAUAGAUUUGCAAGACAAAUUUAAAGAACUGGAGUAUUUCCAAAACGUAGAAACGGAACUGCGAAGAAAUUUCAAAAAAAUAGUGAAAAAACACAUUCGUCUGAUAAGAUAUUCAAAAGAGAUGGAUUAUCUUCUACGAGAAUAUUUCUUGAUACAAAACGUGGCUUUCACAACAGAAGUUUGCAUGAAUGCGGUUAUCCUUACUUUGAUCGGAUUCAGUCAAAAAACCCUGGCAAUAAAUUUCAUCGCAUUCCUUAUUACGGCUUUGAUUCAUGCAUUCGUAUAUUGCUAUUUGGGAGAUGAAAUUAUAGAACAGAGUGAAGGCAUAUCGUUUGCUGCUUACAAUACAAGCUGGACCUCGUGGCCCAUCGACAUGCAAAAAAACUUGCUAACAGUCAUCAUAGCCGCUCAAAGUCAUUUAAAGCUGACCGCUGGUGGUAUGGCGGUGAUGUCACUAGAGACGUAUGCGCAGACGCUGUACAACGGGUAUUCUAUCUUCGCAGUUUUGGCCGAUGCUGUUCAUUAAAUGAAUGAUUUUAUUUCUUUCCUUGUAGUAACUAUAGUGAUUCAUGUCAUAUUUAUUUUCCCUUAUUACAUUAAUUAAACGAAAUGUG